AUGUCGGCCGUCCCAAGUGAAGAACAAACUCAAAGCACCGGUGCGCAGUCCGUGGAAUUUUCCAGAACGAUUGUGGAUCCUGAAACGACGAUUUUUGUCGGAAACGUGGCGCGUGAAUGCGAAGAAUCGGACUUGCAAGCAGUGUUCGGAGACAAGGUGGAAGUGGAAAUCCCAUCGGCAAAGAACGGAAAAUCGUUCAAGCAACGUUACGCAUUUGUCAAGUUUCCUUCCAAAAUCGAUUUCGACGCAAUUAAGGCGCAGUAUGACAAAACCGUAGUAAAGGACAGAGGCAUCUACAUCAGACGCGCUCAAACUGAAGAAGAACGCGACGCCAAGCGUCAAGCACGGAUCAACAGACCCAGAAAACAGCAAGCUCCUAAGAACCACGAAAAAGAGGCAACAGCGGCCUCCAAAACCGCCGUGGACGGAGAAAACGAGCUGUCUGAAGACGGUGCUGCGAAAUCAGACAGAAAACCGGCCAGAUCGGCGAUUCCAGCUCCUCCAAAGAGACAGGAGAAGCCUAGAGCGCCAUUGGAGUCCAUGGAGAGAACCACAGACACGCUCUACGUUAACAAUGUGCCCUACAUGGCAACCAGAGAACAAGUGGCGGAGUUUUUCGGCACCGAUCCCGACCUCGUGGUGAUGCCACUCAGAAGAAUGCGCAACGUGAAAACAAAGCAGUACUUUUACUCCAAGAAGAUGAACAGAGGAAUCGCUUUUGUCACUUUCAAAAACUGCAGCGACAUUGCCCAAAAGGUCACCGAAUUCCAGGGCAAGUCCUUCAAUGAUCGUGAGUUGGCAGUCGACGUUGCUGCUUUGAAACCUGCUAACGAAGAACCUGCCCCACAGAACAACGCUAGCGAGAUUCAGGAACCCGUUUCUGAGUCGACCACGGCCUAA